GGGGUUUGUGGGAAUGGCGUGGUCAUCUGGAUCGCUGGUCACAAUAUGAAAAAGAUGGUCAACACCACCUGGUACCUCAGCCUGGCCGUCUCCGACAUCAUAUUCUGUGCCAGUCUACCCUUCAACAUCAUUUACCCGGAAACAAAGGAGUGGAUCUUUGAGCUCUUUAUGUGCAAAUUCAGCUCUUUUGUGAUGUUCCUGAACAUGUUCGGCAGCAUAUUACUCCUGGUCGUCAUCAGUGUUGACCACUGUGUGUCAGUGUCGUUUCCAGUGCGGGCUCAGGAACACUCCACCAUUGGCAAGGCCUUUGAAUUGGUGUUCCUGGUCUGGGUUGCCUAUGUCGCACUGAGCAUCCCCUCCUUGGUGUUCCGCGAUGCCAAGACUCAUGUCGGGAAGAGCAUGUGUUUCAACAACUAGACAAACCAACACAGCCACAAGAUGAUCACUGUAGGUCGGUUUAUCAGGAGACUUGUGCUCCCAUUCCUCAUCCUCUGUUACUCCGUCAUCAUUCUGCGACUGAGGACCAACCGGAUGAUCAAGUCCUCCAAGCCCUUAACUUAUGACUGCCCUGAUAGCCACGUUCUUCAUCUGC